UAAGGUCCGCUGUCGUUUAUUGGGGUUGAGAAACCGACAAGCAAGCAAGCAAAGAAAAUGAGAUGCAGGAACAAAACGGAGGAUCUGUGACGAGUAGGAUCAGGAUUCGUGUCUUUGUAACUCAACACCCCCUUGUCUUUUAAACGUUUCUUCCCCUCAAUUAUUAUUUGCAUAAACACACGCACACGUAUCUUUGUCACACUGAAUCUAUACAUACAUACAUACAUAUACCCACUCCCACUCUUUUAAUUUUCAUCAUUCUCCCUCGUUCAAUCCAUUUGUUUCUCGGAUUUUCUCUUGCAGUGUCUUUCUAUUUUGCAGAAUGUCUGAAAAAUAAGUGAAUGAUGGCAGCAGCAGAAGCAAGGGCUGCUUGGCAAAGAGCUAAUCGCUGCUUUGUGCAAGAAGAUGCAAAAAGAGCUCCAAAACUAGCUUGUUGCCCAUCUUCGGGAGCAUCAACUAAGCAAAUUGAUUCUGGACCUGCAAGUGCAACAGAUGGCCAUGAAUAUCGUGUUCCAGGUUUUGUUCCCCUCAACAACAACCCUUCAUAUACAAGUGUACCACCUGAUACUAAAUGGUGGCUCCAGCUGCAGCCCAACUAUGGUUCCCAAAGGGGUUCGUCAAAUGAACAGUUAGAUAACCUGGAGGCGGAGAUGAAUAUCUGCGGAGCUGGUUUUGCAAGCUUAAAUAUCAAAUCAUGUCAAGUCCACUCAAAGAACGUCGGUGCAUUAGUUACUAAGAAUUCAAACUUAGAGCCCUCUUGUGCCACUGAAAGUAGAGUGUGUGCAAGUUUUAUAAAGAAGGAACCUCUAGUUAACAAGCAAGAUCUGAAGGCAGUGUAUACGAAGAGCGUCCAAGAACCUGUUAGGGUGAAGGAUGGUGAAGAAUCUUAUGAAUUCAUAGAAAUGGAUCAUGUUGAUAGUGCAAGUUUCAAAACAUCCGAUGUGUCGUGUUUUGAUUCAGAGUCUCCAUUUAGCGUGAGUGGAAAAAGUGAUUUCUGGUGGAAAACUGCUGACAGUGUUGAAUUAGCUUCUUUAGUUGCACAAAGAUCAAUUGAUCUUGUUGAAAAUUGCGAUCUUCCCCAGCCUCAGACAAUUCACAUGAAGAGGGGUUUCCCCCAGUUUCAGACGACUCACAUGAAAAGGGAUCUUUCCCAGCCUCAGAAAAAAAACUUGAAGAGUGAAGCAUAUGCCUGUGUUGAGUCUUCUGAUCAUGCUAGGAGUAUCAAACUAUCUGGUGAUCUGAAGCCUCAAAGUGCUGAUCUCAAUAUUCCAACCGGUCAUAAAAGUGGCAGCAGCACUUCAGGAUGUGCAUUUAGUAAUGGUUCAGUUGAAGGAAGCUCAAAAUAUGGUAUAGAUAAGCCCAUCAGGUAUAACGCAACAAAAAUAGGUCAAACUGAAUCACAGAUAUCUGCUAAAGACCCAUGCAAGGCUCAGAUUUUGGAAGCUUUGAGGCAUUCUCAGACCCGUGCAAGGGAAGCAGAGAUGGCCGCAAAGCAAGCAUAUGCCGAGAAAGAGCAUGUUGUAAAGCUUAUUUUCAGGCAGGCGUCGCAGCUGUUUGUGUAUAAACAAUGGUUACAGCUUUUGCAGCUAGAGAACUUCUACUACCAGAUUAAGAGCAACAAAAACCAUCCACUCUCUUCACUUUUACCGGAGGUGUUGCCAUGGACGCCUCUAAAGAUCAAGAAAAUAUGUAAAAAGGGCAAUCGUUCCAAACAAGGACGUCCUGGAUGUAACAUUAGCCAGUAUACUCUUAUGUUUGCUUUAGGAAUGAGUCUUGUAGGUGCUGGUUUGUUCUUGGGUUGGACCAUCGGAUGGAUGCUGCUCCCAGCUUUGUAAACCUUCAUCAUUGUGCCGUUGUGUGAAUCGGGUUAGGGAGGAGUAGAAUGUAUAGUCUUUAAUUUGGUAGAUCUUUGAUCUUUUGGCACACCCUAAAGAAUUUCCACUAGAAAAGUGGUGUCUCUAUUGUAUAUAAUGUUGUAAUGGAAUUUAGUAGUAUAUGUAUAUAUUUUGAACAAGUAAUGUAAAGGGGGAUUAAGCCUAUAUUAGUUA